AUGAGCCACCACGAACUCCAAACCCUCCGAGAGCCUCUCAUUAAGUGUGAGGGAGAUGUCUUCCUGGACACUGAUUCUGCUCUCCACGAUGGCGUCCAUGGUGAAUCUCUUCGAGACUUGCCCCAAAAAAUGCUUUCGAAAGCGCUUGCGCAGAUCCGGCCUGCCACAGUCUACAAAGUCGGUAAACGAUUCGCCUACUGCUUCGCCCCUCAGUCUGUGCGGUUUCGAUACUGGAACGAUCACGCCUCCAAGCCCAAACAGUUUCCGACCAGUUACCUGAAUGGCCUACGAGGCAUAACCUCCAUCAAGGUCUUUACCUUUCACUUCAUCAUGGCGUACAGCGACAUCGGGUUCCAGCCCUGGGGCACUAACGAUCGCCAUCGCUAUGUCCUGGAGCUUCCCAUUAUCCGAUACUUCUAUUCCGGCUUCACCGCUCACGUUUUCUUCGGCAUUGCGGGAUACCUGACCUCUUUACGACUGUUCCAGCUCCUUGACAAACGCGACCAGCCGUCUCAGUCUAAGGUCUUUGUGAACGUCUCGGGGGCUCUCUUCCGUCGAGCCUUCAGACUCUAUCUCCCGGUCCUCGUCGUCACCCUCAUUACGGCACACUACAUCCAUUUCGGCUUCUACGAGGGGAACAGAGCUUACAUCACUGAUCAUGAGAAGCUCUUCCCGGGCGACUGGAAUGAACCAAAGCCCGAAAUGUUCCCCACCUACCAUCACCAACUGAGUUAUUGGGCCCGAGAGAUGUUUGACUUGACAAACAUAUUCACCCCUGGCGCUGUCUACCCCUACCAUGACCAGCAUUUGUGGUCUAUUCUGGCCGAGUUGAAGGGUUCAAUUUUCCUCUACAUGAUCUUGAUGGGUACCGCGCAAUGCCAGAAAUACGUUCGAUUGGCCGGGCUGUGUAUCAUGACAAUCAUGUUCUUUCUGUGGAAUCACUGGGAGAUCUGGGUCUACAUUAUCGGCGCAGUAGUUGCACAGAUUGACCUUCUUCUCACUGAACGUGAGCAGGAAAAGAAACUUACGUUGGUCCCAAACCGACUGCCUCCGUCGCCGCCACACUCACCCAAACCAGACUACAAGCCGCCCCCGACAUGGGCCGAUUACCUCUCAACCCCUCCUCAAGGAUGGUUGUACGGCCUUCGGAUCUUCGGGUUCUUGCUGGCCUUCUAUUUCCUAUCCUAUCCCAUUGACGGCGCAAGGGAUUAUGCUCCUGGGUACAUGACAUUGAACAAGCUUAUUCCUGCAUGGAUGGACCGCAAAGACAAGUUCUAUCCAAAUAUCGGGACAGGCAUCUUGUUGUUUCUGCUCGCCCGCGCAGAUCCGGAUAAGUCCAUAUGGCGGCGCAUCCUCAACAGCAGCCUGGCGCAAUACUUGGGGAAAAUCAGUUUUGGUCUUUACCUGGUUCAUGGUCCCAUUCUCCAUGCAGUUGGAUACAUGAUCCCCCAUCGGAUAUGGUGGUCAAUGGGUGUGCAGGGCAUUGAUACGACCGAUCUUGUUUGGACAUGUGUGAUCAUGAUUGGGUGGUCAAUCAGCCUGGUGCUGUCCUUGUGGGCGGCCGACGUGUGGACGAGGGAGGUUGAGGGCAGAUGUGUUAAAGCCGUCAAGAAAUUGGAGGAAAUGUGCUUUGUCAAAGCCUGA